CAAAAUGGUGGAUGCUUCGACGCUAACGGUACUGUGAAAUUCUCUCAGAGUGAGACCUCGUCUUUCCGCCGAAUUAAUAUCAGAGUGAGACCUCUUCUUUGUCCUGGGAUAAAAGGACAGUCCCACCAACACAUCUGAAGCCCAGCUUUUUGUUUUCACCCGCCAGCAGCGUCAUGUUUGCGGUCAGAAACGCUCUCCGCCUCGGCUCCAGGUUAUCCGUCUCCACUACGGCGCGGAGGGGAUGUUCCGGUGCUGCUAUCCAGGUGGAUGACGUGGUGAACGGACUCACAGAGGAGCAGAUACAGCUUAGGCAUACAGUUCGUAAAUUCUGUGCAGAGAAACUUGCACCUUAUGCUGAUGAGAUUGACAAGAAAAAUGAGUUCCCAGGAAUGCGGGAUUACUGGAAAGCAAUGGGGGAGAUGGGACUGCUGGGGAUUACUGCUCCAGUGGAAGACGGGGGAACGGGACUGGGCUACCUGGACCACGUCAUCGUGAUGGAGGAAAUGUCUCGGGUGUCGGCAGCCAUCGCGCUCAGUUAUGGCGCCCACUCCAAUCUCUGUGUCAACCAGAUGGUGCGUCACGCAAACCCGAAGCAGAAGGAGAAGUACAUGCCAAAGUUACUGACAGGUGAACACAUUGGAGCGCUGGCCAUGAGUGAACCGAACGCUGGAUCUGACGUCGUCGCCAUGAAACUCAAAGCUGUUAAGAAAGGUGACUAUUACGUUCUAAACGGCAACAAGUUCUGGAUCACCAACGGGCCGGAUGCCGAUGUCCUCAUCGUGUACGCCAAGACCGACCCGGAGGCGCAUCAGAAGGGAAUCACGGCUUUUAUUGUGGAGAAGGGAAUGCCAGGAUUUUCCACUGCGCAGAAACUCGACAAACUGGGAAUGAGGGGAUCCAACACCUGCGAACUGAUCUUUGAAGACUGUAAAAUCCCAGAGAAGAACGUUCUGGGUUCGCUGAAUAAAGGAGUUUAUGUGAUGAUGAGCGGCUUAGACUUGGAGAGGCUGGUGCUGGCUGCUGGACCUGUUGGCAUAAUGCAGUCCGUUCUGGAUGCUGCUAUCCCCUACUUACAUGUGAGAGAAGCAUUUGGGCAGAAGAUUGGACACUUUCAGCUGAUGCAGGGCAAGAUGGCCGACAUGUACACCAGACUGAGCUCCUGUCGGCAGUACCUCUACAACGUCGCCAGAGCUUGUGACAAAGGGCAUUUCAGUGCAAAGGAUUGUGCCGGAGUGAUUCUGUACUGUGCCGAGAAUGCCACUCAGGUUGCCUUGGAUGGCAUUCAGUGUUUAGGCGGGAACGGCUACAUCAACGACUAUCCGGUGGGGAGAUUCCUGCGAGACGCGAAGCUGUACGAAAUCGGGGCGGGAACCAGCGAAGUGCGCCGGAUCAUCAUCGGCCGAGCCUUCAACUCCAUGUUCAGAUAGACGCAGCAGUCGCUCGGUUUGUUGUUUGCACCGUUUCUCACACCCAGGACCUUUACUGGAUGAGUUGUUGUUUCCAUUCAGACGAUAAGCUGAUAAAUGAACAAAUUACUUAUUGAUCCUCGCCGAGCGGCCUUGAAGUUUUGCUAUGCUAGCUGCCUGUUAGCUGGAGGUAGAUGAUAAUAAUGUAAUGAACAGAUUCCCGUAUUUCAAGCUUAAACGCUUCCUCAAAACAGUUUGGAUGAAAUCAUCUUUAACAGAUUAUCGAAGGUUUUCCUUAACCUGAUUCUGUUAUUGAAUAUUUUUCUGUAAACAAAACACUGUCAAACAUAUUUUACUUUUUUUCUGUGAAGAUUUAGUCUCUUCUUGAUUGUAGGUGUCAUCAUUAUGUAGACGUGUAUGAACUAUACCAGGUUUGCAAUAAAUCAAUAAGUUUCUAA